CUGCACGUUCCGGGCACUGCUUCCGGGUCAUCGGGCGGAAUGGUCAUAAAUCCCGGAAGUGGCGGUGCAUGCUGGGAGCAGCUGAGAGCGGAGUGUCUGGAGGUAGAGAGCGUAAGAUGCUGCGCAGGAAACCCACCCGCCUGGAGCUGAAACUGGAUGACAUAGAGGAGUUCGAGAGUAUUCGGAAAGAUUUGGAGAGCCGGAAGAAACAGCGCGACGAAGUGGAUCUAUCAGCCAGCGAGUCCGAUGCAAAUGUUCCGCUCAGCGUGGACUCGAAGACCAGAGAACAGACAAUCCACGACCGAAUCGGAUACAAACCACAGCCCAAACCGAACAGUCACACCACACAAUUUGGAAACUUUGAGUUUUAACAACCAGGGUCGCUGUGCGGAUCGAUUCCGUUUCUGGAACCAAUGUGGUUAGACCAUGUGGCCUUUGUUGGUCAUAUACUAACUCUUGAAUUUCUUUUUUUAGUACACCACGUAUUACAUUGCUUUUUAUAGGCCCAGCACGGUCCUUGUUUGAGACAGCGGCUCACCUGCACCUGUGUUGUUAUUGCUAGAGAUCCCGGCCUUCUUCAGUGAGAUGCUUCACAAGGACCUGGUCACAGGACUUCAAAAAGUAAUGUAAUGUCCACAGCCGGGGUCAUUAAGUAUAAACCAUGUGAGCAUUUUAUUAUUCAAUAAUAAAAAGAAAACUAUUGGUCAGGAGGAUACCCGGCUCUGGAGAUCUUGCUGCCAGAAGGAUAUAGAAUAACCAGGAUCCGAGCAGGAGCAACGUGACAGGACAAAGGUUGAAGGUCAAAGUUUACCAAGAAAAAGUUUGGGCCGGGAUUAUAUAAGGAUAUCGCAGUGCUGUAGCUCAUACUGUGAUUGUACUGGUCAGGCUGAUUGAACAGUGGCUGCGGAUUAAUGUACACUUGAAGCUUUUUAUGUAGUGACCGUCGGUGAUAUUGGUUCACCUGGCAAGAUGGCUGCCCCCAGCGUGUGUAUGUACCAAGUGCACUGUGUGUUCAUUAAAAGGUUUUGUUUUUCUUUA